AUGGACGCGCCGCGGGGCAUCGGCACCUUCGUGGUGUGGGACUACGUGGUGUUCGCCGCGAUGCUGCUCAUCUCCGCCGCCAUCGGCAUCUACUACGCCUUCGCGGGGGGCAGCCAGCAGACCUCCAAGGACUUCUUGAUGGGCGGCCGCAGCAUGACAGCCGUGCCCGUGGCGCUGUCCCUCACCGCCAGCUUCAUGUCGGCCGUCACCGUACUGGGCACCCCCUCGGAGGUCUACCGUUUUGGGGCUAUAUUCAGCAUCUUUGCCAUCACUUACUUCUUUGUGGUGGCCAUCAGCGCGGAGGUCUUCCUCCCGGUGUUCUACAAACUGGGAAUUACCAGCACCUACGAGUAUUUAGAGCUUCGAUUUAACAAAUGUGUUCGUCUCUGUGGAACAGUCCUCUUCAUUGUUCUAACGAUUCUCUAUACUGGAAUUGUUAUUUAUGCCCCUGCCCUGGCUUUGAAUCAAGUCACAGGAUUUGAUCUGUGGGGUGCAGUAGUGGCGACAGGUGUGGUCUGCACAUUCUACUGCACACUGGGUGGUCUUAAAGCAGUUGUCUGGACAGAUGUUUUUCAAGUUGGGAUCAUGGUAGCUGGAUUUGCAUCUGUGAUUAUACAGGCUGUAGUGAUUCAAGGUGGGAUCAGCACUAUUCUAAAUGAUGCCUAUAAUGGUGGAAGAUUGAACUUCUGGAAUUUUAAUCCUAACCCUUUGCAAAGACAUACAUUCUGGACAAUUGUUAUAGGAGGGACCUUCACAUGGACCAGCAUCUAUGGUGUCAACCAAUCCCAAGUGCAGAGAUAUAUUUCCUGUAAAAGCAGAUUCCAGGCAAAAAUGUCUCUCUACAUCAAUCUUCUGGGACUCUGGGCAAUCCUCACCUGCUCAGUGCUUUGUGGGCUCGCCCUAUAUUCCAGGUACCAUGACUGUGAUCCUUGGACAGCCAAGAAAGUGUCUGCACCAGACCAGCUCAUGCCUUAUUUGGUACUGGACAUUCUACAAGAUUAUCCGGGUCUUCCUGGACUUUUUGUGGCCUGUGCUUACAGUGGAACAUUAAGCACAGUGUCCUCCAGUAUUAAUGCCUUAGCGGCAGUAACUGUGGAAGAUCUAGUUAAACCUCACUUCAGAUCACUCUCAGAAAGGUCUCUCUCUUGGACUUCCCAAGGACUGAGUGUGAUGUUUGGAGCUCUGUGUAUUGGAAUGGCUGCACUGGCAUCACUAAUGGGAGCUUUGCUGCAGGCAGCCCUCAGUAUAUUUGGCAUGAUUGGUGGACCACUUCUGGGCUUGUUUGCUUUGGGCAUUUUGGUUCCCUUUGCCAACUCAAUUGGAGCACUUGCUGGUCUUCUGGCUGGAUUUGUUGUUUCUUUGUGGGUAGGAAUUGGAGCUCAACUGUAUCCUCCACUGCCUGAGAGAACUAUGCCACUAAGCCUUGAAACCUAUGGCUGUAACAGCACAUACAAUGUGACAAAUUGGGUGACAACCACAGAAAUGCCAUUUUCUACUAGUGCUUUUCAAGUAUAUGGUGCUGAAAGGACUCCACUGAUGGAUAACUGGUAUUCUUUAUCAUAUCUCUACCUCAGCACUCUUGGAACUUUGGUAACCUUAUUCAUGGGAAUGCUAAUCAGUUUACCAACAGGAGGAAGAAAACAAAACUUAGACCGCAGAUUCCUACUAACCAAAGAGGACUUUCUUUCCAAUUUUGACAUUUUUAAGAAAAAGAAGCAUACUUUAAGCUAUAAAUCUCAUCCGAUAGAAGAUGGUGGAACUGAUAACCCUGCCUUCAACCAUAUUGAAUUGAACUUCACAGACCAAAGUGGCAAGAUCAAUGGGACUCGUUUGUGAAGCAGCUGUGAUAGUAGAUGAUCUUAAACAGUGUCCCAAUUUGAUAUAUUUUCUAAGAAAAUUGGGUCGGGUUUAGAUUUUUUUUGAAGGGGUGGUUCUAUAAUGAGUAAAGUUUGGGGGGAAAUUUUUGUUAAAGCAAAGUCUUGACUCUUCAGUUCCUAGACUCAGUAAUUGAUGCUACUCUGGAGUUAAGAGUUUCGGUGUCAGUGUUUUCCUCUAUUUCUCUUUUAUUUUAAUGAGGCUGCAGUUGUGAAAAUUAUGACCACAUAUGUGCUGAUAGAUUAAUACACACAUACUUAAUGGUCAAAAGCAUAUUCUUAAAUUUGGUCAUUUCCAUGCAUUUGGUGCUAACAUAUCAGUUUUAGGAUUUACCGAAAUCAUAAGUAAUACUGGAAAGAGCUUUCUCUCUUCUACUACAUACUCUAUUUUUUAGAAAACAAUGGGGUGACAGAUCUAUGUUAUCUAGAUCUUUGCUUCACAUUGAUCCAUAUCAGCUCUAUCAGGGAAUGUAUUAACCUUGGAACCAAUUCUGGCUCAGGAAGGUGAUAAUCAAGAAGCAUCCUGUUUGGGAUGGAACAAUGAUCAAGGUCUUCUUGGUGUUGUGUAUCUAUUCUUGUGCCUUUCAGCUAAUUAUCUAGAGCUCCUAACCAUUGGGGGCUUAUAUUGCCUUAGACUCUGGUUUUUUUGUUUUUUUUUUUUUU